GGAUUUCAUAACUCGCCCUCUUUCCUCAUACACAACCAAGUGCCGUGAUCGCUGCCUCUCAUCGCUUCGCCAAUCACCUCAUCGCUUGUUCUUCAGUAUACCAGCCACCACUUCAUCGCUAACUCCUCAGUGCCUUAACGGUCGGGAUGUCUCCUUCAGCCGUGACCGCCGACACCCCUAUGGAUCUGUCCACCAAAACGCGGCGUAAAUUACGACUAGAAGAGUUUCUAAGGCAAAACCUGGACCAGGCGCCUGCCACCCGCGUGAUCCAGUGGGUGAACCGCGACAAGGGAGUGUUCAGGAUCCUGUGGACUCACCAGAGCUCUGGAGCCUUCACCCAGCAAGACGCAGCACUUUUCCGCUACUGGGCCCUUGCGAGAGGGAAACCCGCCACCCAGUCCUCAGUGGAGCUCAAGCAGAGUCUGAGGAUGGCGCUCAACAAAUCCCCGUCAGUAGAUCGCCUAUCAAUCGCCAACGACGAGUACCGCUACUUCAGAUUUACAGACUGGGAAAACCGCAAAAAGAAUUCUGGGGUGAAGAAUAUGCGGGGCCAGCAGGAAAACACACGGAAAAGAUCCCCGCCACCGGGACACCCGCCGCCCCUCGUUCCUAUCACCAAAAAGACCUCAUCCAGCUCACCGCUCUGGUCCUCCACUGACCAUCUUGCUCUCAUGGGGCGGGAGAAGUCCUUCAUUCCCUACAAUGAAGAGGUCCUGAGAAAACUACUAGGCGCGUACCCGAGGCCAUCGCAACUGGGGAGCAGCAGCCAGCUGAUGGAUGACAACACGCAAGAAUUCAGCCUCGCGCCUGGUCCUUACAUGGACCAGGCCACGCUGGACUGCAGGACAAGAGAGAAGGCACUACGAGAACCUGUGAGUAGCAGCUACAUACUACCGGAUCACAUUAAGUACCUGCCCAACCCACACUCCCCCCAGGCGUACUCCGAGCCCCUCCACGCCGUCCCGAGCUACAAGGAGUCCCUUACCAGGCAGGACAUGGAAGGCCCUCUCAGUCUGUACGGUGAUAAUCCUUUCUACUCAAAGUCCUUCCAUCAUUAUGACUACAGAUCUGCAGUUCCUACCUCCACCACCCACUUGUUCCGUGUUCCCGAGGCCCUCGACUCCAGGCUCCUCGCAACUCAGUACUAAGGCGUGGCAGGGCCGAUAGACUGGCUAUACUACAAAGCCUCGCAGGAGACUAUGAGGUCACCUGUAGGACAUCUCAAACCAACGAAGAGACUUAAAGCUUAACUUUUCAAGAUGUUGACAGUGUCAUACGUGUUAGUAUCUAACCAUAGAACACCCUGUGUACCAAUCUAACUAAACACAAUACUUAACAAGUUACUAUGCACCUGGGAAUAGCAUGAGGAGAAUUCAUAUCAGCACGUGAUAAGUGUUUUUCCACUACUGAAUCUCCGUCCCCCUGCGCCAAGGCUCACUACGCUAUCUUCUGUCAACAAGUAUCUAGUUCUGGGCAGAUAUUCUUCCCGCUAGAUAUAGACAUAACCAGGAAUGGACGUCGCCUUCUCUCCCACGCUAUCAACACUUAAGUGACGACGCCAAGUCUGUAUACCUGCUAAUAAUAUUGUUAGAUAACCACAUAACUUACGGAAAGACUUCUAGUUCGUUUUUUUUUUUUUUUUCUAAGUGACGAUAUUCAAUUAUAUGAAUGAAUGCGAAUGCUCAUUUUGUGGAGAACGUACGUGUGAUAUGAAAGGAAGACGAACGUAUAUAGAAAAUUAGAAAGACGUACGUAUAUAGAUUAAACCUAGAUUAGGGUUAAAUUAUUACACAACUUGUAUAACAGUGAACCAGACUGUGAUUAAGGAGUGAUCGUAUGUUGAUUGACUGGAUGUGUUAUAUUGUACUGUAUUGCAUAUUAUUGUAGUGUAUUGUAUCGCCGCGUAUGUUGUUGCUUCUCGUGACAUGCCGGGGUGACGAAAUAAAAACAAAAGCUUCGGUGAAA